GCCGGCAGCCUUUCGUGCGGCUGUGGGACACCAGCACGUGGGAGGUCGCCCUGCACGUGUCCGCCGGCGCGCCGGGGCCCGCCGCUGGCGCCAGCGGCUCCGAGGCGUGCGCGGCGUCUCUGGCCUGGUGCGGCGGCAAGACCCUGCUCGGCGCCGGCGCCGGGCAGCUCUUCGAGCUCGGGGGGCUGGCCGCCCCCGCGGGCGGCUGGGUCGCGCGCGGCCCCGCGUGCGGGGCGGCGUGCCGCGUGCUGGCGACGCCGCACGUCCGCCUCGCGGGCGCGGCCGGCGGCGACGACGGGCGCCAGGCGGUGCUGGAGGAGGGGUGGCUGUCUGCCCCCGCACGGCGCAGCGCGUCGCCGUCCGCGUCCGCGGCGCUCCCCACGUGCUGCUCUUCGAGCGCUUGGGCUCCGAGGGCUGGGCGAAGCAGGAGCUCGCCUUCCGCGGCCUCGUCAGUGCGGCAGCCGCCGGCGGCCCCACGGACGCCAGCGGCCGCAUCUUGCCCGCGCCCUGCGCGCUGGCCUUUGCAGGCAAACCCCUUCGGAGAGCACAGUGGGGUCUUUCUGUCGAAGGCUCCCUGCUGGCCGUGUACUGGGAGUUCGGGGAGCAGGGGGCCGAGGUGCGCACAUACCCGAUGCACUACUUGCCGUACAAGCUCAUGCACAUCCCGCUGCCUCCUUUCUUGCUCUCUCGCAGUGGCCUGGACCAGUUUGGCAGUGGCAAGAGUUAGUUAGGUCGGGCAUGUCCUCCCACAGGC